AUUUGCCUGACAGCUGUCACGAUUUGACAGCAUUAAUUUAUUUCAUUAUCUGGGUUCAAUAUUAUAAAUUACACAAUGACAGAUUAUCAGUUUAACGACCGUGCUUACGCCAAAAUUAUUUUUCAUUCCGCCAAAUAUCCACACUUGGCAGUGAACGGAGUGUUGUUGAGCGAAAAGUCGCCCAAAGGUAACACAGUGCAAAUUGUAGAUGCAAUACCACUAUUCCAUCAAUGCCUCUAUGUAACCCCAAUGGCAGAGAUUGCGCUUACACAGGUUGACGCAUACGCUGAUCGUGAAAAUUUAAUUGUGGCCGGCUACUAUGUUGCACCCGAAAACUUCUAUGAUAACAGUAUAGAGAGGGCACCCGCCGCCAAAAUAGCAGAAAAAAUACUUGAGAGUAACAAAAAUGCAUGCUUCGUGCUGGUAGAUAAUAAGCUAAUGAGCCUAAAUCAGUCACAGGCGGCGCUAAAAGUGUUCAGUUGUAAUGGAGAAGCUACACGUUGGACCAACGCUAAUUUCACAUUAUCGCAAACAAAGGCAACAUUACAAACAGUAUCAGAGUUGUUACAGCGAGGUGCCAUGCGCGAGGUAGUAGACUUUGAUAACCAUUUAGAUAACCCAGAAAACGACUGGACAAAUCAACACUACAACCGCGACUUGAAACAGCUAAUGGCCAUGUACUAAUUAAAUUGAGAAGUAUUAAAUUGAAUGGGGGUUAAGGUGUUUGUUUAACUGUAGCGUGCAAUUUUAUUUUUAACAUAUAUGCAUUUCAGUUUAUUGGUAUUUAUAUGAAAAUAUUUGAACAAAUAUGGGACUUAUUUAAAACAUAUAAAUAAAAAAUAAAUGUAAUAUAGCAUGAUAAACGCGCA